AAUAACCUUGCCAAUAACUUUUAAACAGGUGAUUUCUUUUAUGUGGACUGAAAAUUUUAGUUUCGGUUUAAGUAACUCUGUAACAGACUUGUACGAAUAUACAUCAAAAUUAUCGAAGAGUAAAGUGAUAUAAUUUCUUUCCAUACAUUUUUUUAAAAAGUAUACCGACACUCAAACAAUGUAUUCUCUCAGCAAUGGCAGUUACAUGUUGAUCAAGCGUUGCCCUCUAACACAGAUUACUUCAAUUUCUAAAUAUACUUACAGCAAUUUUAUGACCAGAUCUGCAAGGGUUACUACUUCUUUUGCUGAUGCUAAGCCUAACCUUAUAGAUAAUAGCAAGAGGAAUUAUGUGUCUGUUGGUGAAAGGAAAAGUAAAAAUUUUAAUAUACCUGUGAAUUUCAGCGACAUCUUAAAGCAAAGCAAACAGUUAUUGAGAGAUGUACAAUUAUCUGAAUUAAAUAAUGCGCCACUUUCAGCCUUUUGGUAUGGGUUUGGUGGGCUUGCACCCUUUGUAUUGCCACCUCUGUCAUUUAUUAUUUUUGGUUACUCUCCAUUCCUUGGAGCAUUACAGCUAACAUUUGGUGCUACGAUCUGUUCGUUUUUGGGAGGAAUCAAAUGGGGAUAUCUAUUGAAGGAGAAUUCCUGUAUGACUUGGGAAACCCUUGGCUGGGCUGUGAUACCACAAACUGUUGCUUGGAUCAGUUUAUUGAUGCCUCAAACUCUUGGAUUUAUAAUGGUCAGUGGUGGUCUGCUUUUAUCAGCCUUUUGCGAUCUCACCAUGAUGAACUAUCCUAAUUGGUUCAGAGCUAUGCGUUUGAUCCUCACAAUUCCAGCUGUCAUUGGCCUUCUUAUCACAGGAUUAAUGUGUCUGUUUCAUUAAUAAACCUUUAUAAAGUAUUCAUUUCAUUUAUUAAUUUUUUUUCUUUUAAAAAUCUAACCAGUAUUAGAUUUUUGGCAUUCCGUCUAGUUUGGAAUUAUACAAAUGCACCCAUCAAUAAUUUUAAGACUGAUGUUUUCUGUUUUGUUUGUCUAUUUGAUGUUUUUUGUUAUUUCAUAUUCCUCUAGCUUAAUUAAAACCAUGACUGUUUCGAUCUUAUGAAAUUAUUAAUAAUGUGCUUAUAACAAAUAACUUGAGCAGUAAUUAGAAGUGUGCUAAGUAGUCAUAUUAGUACCUCUCUAGCAUUUUAGUUAAUAUUUAAUUUAUUUUUAUUAAACUCACGAUGUGAUAAACUAGGUUUAGAUAAAUGUUAUUAUAUAUUUUGUUACAUAAUGCAAAUAAACUAUUUGGUGUUAUUCUGGCUAAAUAUUUAACUUCCAUAAUAGUAAGCUAAGUGCCUUCCAACUUAAAUAAAGGGACACCUAAACUUUUUUAUGUGAACACAUUAAAGUGGUUUUAAUUUUCAAUUAUUAGUCAUUUUUUCACUUAGUAUAUUUAUGGACUGCAGUAUGGACUCCAAUUGACAAGUAAUUAGAGUUGAAACCAUUUCGAUUGAGGAGUUGAUAUGACAUUUUUGGGUUUAAUCAUUUAUUGAGUUGGAA